AUGAAGGAGAUCGACUCCGUUUCAUUGGCGCUCGAGGCUCCCAUCAGUCGGUUAAUGCAAGCGGCGCAACGGGGGGACAUCCACCAGGCCGAAUCGCUCCUCCACGUUGUGUCGGCCGACGUCAGAGACCACACGGGCCGGACCGCGCUUUCGUGGGUUGCGUCGCGCGCUCAAGCCCAUUCUCCCACCAUUCGGGACCGCGCCGAACAGCUCAUGCAGUUUCUCUUGGAUAAAGGCGCGGACCCAACCCUCGCCGACCUGCAUGGCGAGACGCCCUUGCAUUGGGCGGCCAAGGCCGGUGACCACCAGAUGGUGGAUGCGUUCUUGCAAAAAGACCUCAUUCCUCCCGAUUUGGUGGAUAAUCGAGGUCGCACGCCCUUGUCGCACGCCGCUGGAGAAGGCCAUCAUCGGGUGGUGGAACUGUUGUUGGCAACGGACAGAGUUGAUCCCGACCGCAAGGACGCGCGCGGGAGAACGGCACUAUCGUGGGCAGCCGAACACUGGCACUUUAAGACGGUGACUGUGCUGAUUGAAAACGAUUCCAACGUCGACCUUCACGAUGAUGAGGGUCAGACCCCUCUAGGCUGGUUUAUAACCAGCACGUCGAAAAAACAUGGCGUGGACCCGAAUCCACGCAUGGCACAAGUGGAUUUCCAACGGUGGUUCAAGGCCUUGGGUCCGACAAAUGGCACAGAACCUAUGACCAGGACUCGCCGGACUUUUCUUUCCUGGGCCUGCGAGCGAGGCGAUAGUCAACUGGUAGAGCGUCUGCUGCAGACUACCUGGGCGGACCCUAACUCCAUUGACCGGUACAGAAAGACCCCGUUGAUCUAUACCAUCGAACAGAGUCACUACGAGAUUGUCGAUUUGUUGAUAGCAGGAACGGAGAGGAGCCAGAAACGGGAUAUUGUGUCGUUGCGAAUUAUGAUCCAGGAAGGCCGUGCUCGCUUGUUGAAGCCAUUCCUGGAGCGAUAUAAGCCCAGCUUGGAGACCGAAGAUGACUAUAGCUCGGUGCCCUUGAUGCGCAUUGCACUGCAGCAAAGCGACCGAGUCACAGUCACAGUACUCCUGGAACAUAAAGCCAGUAUUCAGGAUUUGGAAAACGGGGACUGGUUCGGGCCCUGCAGUGCACAUAGGCCAAACACCGAUCUCUUGAGGUCCCAAUUCGAUUUCUCGGCCAAAUCAAACAACUUGGGCGCCAGAAAUGGCGCCACCUCUGUUCCAGUGAUGAAAAUGGCCAUUCCGGACGACGACCGUCCUGUAUUAACGGCAUUGCUAAACCAUCGCGCCCGAAUCAUGGACCUCCAGGAGGACGAGGAUGACUUUGCACAGUAUAAUAAAGGCACUGAGCCCAGUAUAGCUGUGAAGAUUGUGGCUCUGCGUGACGGACGCAGAAAGGCACACUGGAUCUUGGGUGAUGAUUUGGAUGAGGAGGUCAGGAACAUACCGAAAACAACAGAAGAGACGCAUCUUAUCCUCUUCCGAGAAAAUUAUGUAUGGAGAACGCACUAUCAAAACGGCCAUCAACCCAACGAGUUGCGGUUCUCGUUAGGAAAUAGAAGUCCAUGUAGGACAUUCACUCUUUCCAUCCAAAUGAAUCUCAAGAUGGCGAACGAGCAUACAAACAAGCACGAUGAUCAAAAUUCCGACGGCAAUGAGGAAUAUAGCACACGACUAAUCCAAUGGUCAGUUUUGGAAGCACCGACGAAAUCAAUACACUAUUUCAGCAAUCUCCCAUACGGCUAUAUCCCGCAAAAUGAUAUGGAUCUGGUGCAACUUUUCCUGCAUACAUGGCGUAAAGAUUGGAUGACCUAUUGCCAGGACGCGCGGCGUCAUCUGGCACAGCUUCGCUCUCAUCAAUUGACAGCAAGGGGCAAGGACGAGUUGCUAAUUGACACCGUAGCUGAAAACAUGCUCCGAUGGACUCGUAUCCAAGGCACAUUGGCUGAACAACUCAACCAGGCCCGCGAGUUUGUAUCGCAAUAUCAACGGUUUAGCGAAACCCGCCAGUUUAGCGAGCAAAUAAAUCGGACAAUCGAUUCGCUAGAGCGCGAGGUCUCAAAUCAGAUUGACAAGCUCGAGCAGACCUUUCGUGACCUUCUCCAAAUCGAAUUUGCCUGGACAUCGAUCAACGAAGCGCACCGGUCAACGAGCCUCGCAACUAGUAUGAAGAGGCUGAGUUGGAUAACGUUUAUCUUCCUUCCGUUGACUUUCGCCUCGAGUCUAUUUGGCAUGAAUGUGGACAUUCUAGCCGACAAUCCGUCGUGGCGCUGGUAUCCUCUUGUCGGGGGGACUCUUUUGCUGCUGACAGUAGCUACCUGGCUUGUCUCUAAGUUCACCCACAUGGACCGAUGGGUGGAAUCGAAGGCUCAAAGGCUCAAAGAAAAGUCGGACUUGGUGCCACAACGAUAA